AUGGCGUCUGAUAAUGAAGCAUCUUGUGUUUGUGACCCAAAUUUUGCAGUUAUUUGCUCAUUUUUAGAAAAAUUCGCUAAAUCAUGUGGAAUUACUUAUCCAAAUUUCUCGGAUCUUCAGGAAAUGCUGGAGAAUUCUCAAGAAGUUCCUCAGCCAUUGGUGGACCUUCAUGUGAAAUUACUGAGGAAGGCUCGAAAAUCUGUGUCUGGAGAACGGUGGGAACGAGCACUAAUAAAGUUUUGUCACUCUUAUUCAAACCAAGAUGGCUGGGAAGUUGAAAGAUUUGGUUAUAAGAAGGCUCGUCUUGCUGUGAAGCUACGAAUCUUAAAGAUGCUGCUGGAACUUCAGUUUGAUUUGAACAGCAAGUUCAAGACAGAAGUAAAUCGGCUGAGUGCUGAGGAACUACGGUCACAGCCUCUUGGUAGGGACAAAUUGGGGCAGUCUUAUUGGUGUCAACUUGAUGAAGAUUGUAAUCUCCGAGUUUACCGUGAGGACUUGGAUGAUGAAACAUGGGAGGUGGUUGCAAGAGACCGGGAAGGCUUGGUGCAGCUGAUUUCACAGUUAUCUUCCAAUGAUCCGUUUCGUAAUUAUCCUGAUGCAGUUCUCAAUGAGGAUAGCAACAGCCUAGAGAUUGAGAAACCUAUAACAGAUACUGGACAGGUAAUUGAAUCACCUAUUGCUGACGAAGAUGAAGACGGAGAAUUUGAAGAGAUUGAAGAAGAGGAGGAUGAGGAGGAGGAGGAAGAGAUGAACGAUUCUGACAAAGAUCGUCAAAAAGAGUUGAAAACAAAUUUGGGGCCUAAACCAUCAAAUUUUGAAACAAAGAAGGGCGAGAUCGUGAAAUCUUCAGAGAAGGAAACAAAGAAUGAUACAAAAAACAAUGAAAUUCUACUUAAUGAAACAAAUGCAGCUUCUGUUUGUAAUAGUGUGGAUGCUGUAUGUGGCAAGCAAAAGAGAGAGCAAAAAGGUCUAAAGUUAGCAGAUCAUGGAUUGAGUAGUGCUCCCUCGGAAGAAAGAAAGAAAGUUCAGGAUUCUGUAGAACUGGCAGACAGAAAUAAACAUGGUAUUUUUGUUAAGGCUGAAUCAAAUGAUCAGGGAUCUUCAGAACACUCUAACAAAGAUGUUGGAAUGGAUGUAUCAAAACAGGGUGAAUUAUUGGUUAGGGAUGCAAGUAAGGAAGCAGAAUCUGUUAUGUCAGAAGAUAGAAAGUUAUAUGUGGAAAUAAAGGAACCUGUAAAAAGCAAAGAGCAAGAAUCUUGGAACUUGAGUACAAAAAAGGAUAUACAUGUGUCUGAUUUCAAAGCAGCAGCAUCCACUGUUUCUUCUGAGAAAGAGAAAUUGCUGAGUAGAGAACCGAAGCAAGGAGAGGAAACCGUGGUACUUAGAAAUAAAGGGAAAAUUUUUUCAGGAAAUGCAGCAAAUGGUAUGAAUCCCUCAGUUGAAACCAGUAAGAAAGAUGGUGCAUUGGCAAAAUCUUUUCUUCAGUGUGUGUCAUUAAGGCCAGGUGAGAAGUCAGUUUCUCUAGAUAAAUAUAUAUAUUCUAACAAACUGUGUGAGACUAAGAGAGUAGUAGAUAAUAGGGAAAGUGAUGAAAAUUCUACUUUCAGAGCAUUGUAUUCUGUUCCUGUGGAAUGUAAAGGGGGCCAGGAGCUUAGAGAAAAAAUAUGUUUGCCUGUGAGAGACUCACAAGAUGAUAAGCCAUAUGGUCAAGGAACAGGAAAGGAAAUGGAGAAGCCUACAAUUAAACUAAAAGGACUGCUAGGGGGUGUAAGUGGAGACAUUGCUGACUGCAUAGAUUCAGGAAAGAAGGCUAUGUUGAUAGACUCAAGUGAAGAUGCAAAGGAUCAGGAGGGGGAAAGUACUAACCCAAGUCUGUCAGGAAUGAAUACCUUAAUUAGUGGAGGUGAAAAUAAAGGUUUGGAUUUAAGUGGCAGGAAGGGAUCUGGAAGCCAUCAGAAUGAAAACAAAAAGAAAGUGUUGCCGUCAAACUUUCAGCUUAACGAUCAAGAUGAAGUCUGCGAUUUGAGUACUACAAAAUCGACAGAUAAUUAUGCAGUGCAAAGAGAAUCAAUGAGGCAUUCCAUACAUUUCUUGGAUAGGAACACAGAUAGAGGAAGCCAAAGCGAAGCAACUGAUCUUAGUACAAAGAAAUCAAGUGCAACCUAUAUUGACUAUUGUAAAGGAAAGAGACUGGAAAAUAUGUCAAAAAUUGAAAGAAGCUCCGCUGUAAGCAUGGGGUCUGAUGGAUAUGUGACUGACAUUAAAGAUAUUUUGAGAUCCAAAGAAACUACUAAAAGUGGGGGAAUAAAGAGAGAUUUAAAUGAUACAGAAGACUUAUCAUUAGCAAAGAAGCUACGGUCUGAAGAUGUAGUAAACACAAGUAGAGGUGCAGUAGAAAUAGGAGAAGUUGUGGAGGAACCAUUGAUGUUAAUUCGAGGAGAUGGUUCAGGGAAAGACUGUAAAAUGUCUAAUCCAGAAAGCAGAAAGUAUGAUAUAAAUGAUGGAGAGGUGGGAGAGGCUAUAGAAGAACCAUUGCUGUUUGUCUAUGGGGAAGGAUCAGGUAAAGACUGUGGUACAGGCAACCAAGGGAAAGAUGCACAAAAAGGUGAAAAGGACGGGAGCAGAAGUAGCCAGGAAGCAAAUGGAGGAGAUAGUUCUUCACUUGAUAGUAAAGUGAAGAAUUUUUGUGUAAGUGAAUGUACUAACAGAAAACAUGAAGAUUUAUCAACUAAAGAACAAAAAACAGUAGGUACCAAAGCUAGGGUGGCAGAUGUAAUAGAGUGUGGUGAGAGAAAAGAGGAUUCAAAAGAGGGAGAUGAUGAUAAAGAGUUGGUAAUGAAAACCUCUUCUUAUAGUCAUGUAAUGUUUAAUGUUCCUCAUGGGAUUACGAAGGUAGUUCCUACAGAUUCUGCUUCAAGUGAGCUAAAAAACAAAGCAUUUGCUGUAAAGUCUGAUUCACUUCUAGAAAUGCCAAGAGAUAACACAUUUAUGACCAUAUCAGCCUUAAACCCACAUGUUGAAAGGGAGGAUAGUGAUGCAGCAAACAAAGAGUGCCUAAAGGAUAUCUCUUCUGAAACAAAGGCAGAUGAUGCUGUUUCCUGUACACAAACGGAUAUAGAUGGUACUUCCAUUGAUAAAUUAUCAGAUAGUCAUACGAGACUGAGUAAAGAGAGAACUCCUACAUGUCAUGAAGACUUUCAAGACUCUAAAAGGAAGGAGUUUGGAAACAUAGUUAAAGAGGCUCCAGAUAUGAAUUCUUCUAAUAGUGAGGACAGGAAGGAAAUUCAGAUGGAUAUUCAAGAUAAGGGAAUGAAAGACUCAAAUAAUACAAAAUUAAAACAGUUCCAUCCAUCAGCAUUUUCUCAGAAUGAUAUAAAAUACAGUGAAAGUAAUUGUUCCUAUUUAACAAUUAGUGAUUCAAAAAACGUUGCACUUUCAAAUAGCUUGUCAUCAGAUGUUAGUGGAACAGUGUGUAGGAAAGUACCAAAAAGCAAAGAAAAUGAAGGCAUGGAUACUGAAGCAUCAAGCAGGGACUGUCAGUCAAACUUGAUGUUAAGUAGAAAACUUGAUGUAGUUGUUUCAGUGUCUUCAAGUGGGACUUCAGAGUUUGCAGUAUGUGGAAGGGAUAGUGGUGCUUCAGUAAUACAAACUGAACCAAGUAUGCAGAGUGAAGAUAAUGUGUAUAGGGAAGUAGUCAAUGAUGAUCAUGUAAAGCACGUUAAAAUUCCAUCAAAGGAAUUGGAUGGUAAACAGGAGCAUAUAACAACAAAUAAACCUGAAAUGGAAACAGAAACAGUUAGACAAGGGAAGGGUCCUGAUCAAUUAUUUGUAUUGCCACUUAAAUCACAGAACCAGUGUGAGAAGUCUUCCACUUUAGGACAGUCUGUGAUGAAUACUUCUCAGCAGAUGUCUCUUCAGAGAGCAGAAAACAUGGGAGAGUUACUGAACAUCAGUGAUAAAGUAGUUAACCCAAAGGUGACUGACGCAAUGCAGUGUGAUUCACUCCAAGCAGCUGAAAGUUUUACAAAACCCUGUGAGUUGUCCAUGUCUCUUGGUAGAACAGACUCACGGAAACUAGUAGAUGCAUCAGCUGUUCCUCCGUUAUUAGAGAAGAAGCCAGAAUGUACGAAAACAAAAGAACAGUCACAUGUCAGUGAUCCAGGUUCUGCAGUAAUUAUAUCAGAUACAGUUACUUUGAAACAAGGCAUAAGCACUGAGUCUGACAGGAAAAAGUCAGAACUUAGCAGGUGCAGUGAAGCACCCUUGCCCGUUACUAAAAGGUUUCUUCAGCAUACAGCGAACAUCACAACAUCUUGUGAUAGUUCUAAAUCAUUGUCUCCAGAUUCUGCAAAGUCAGAGGUACCUGUAAAAGUUUCUCCUGCGAAAGCACCACCAAAACUUUGGAGCAUAGAAACAAUAUGUGCUCCUGAUCAAAAACCAAAAGAGUCAAUAUGCAAUCCUCAAGGUGAAGUUUUAGGUAAUUCAGGUAGUUCAGCUUUGAAAGCUGCUGAUGUAGGGCCAUUGAAGAAACCAGAAUUGUCAGGUCAUACUGAAAUACCUGAAGCUUUCAAGUCUGCUGAUGUAGGUUUAUCCAAGAAACCAGAAUUGUCGGGUCAUACUACAAAACCCAAAUGGUCUCUUGGUGUUCAAGUUAUACAAAAGUCUACAAGUGAUGGUAGUAGUUGUAAGAGGGCAUCAAGGUGGGAUGUUGGCAAACCUAGUGAUACCAAGGCAGUAGCAAGUGACGGAAAAAGUUGUAAUGAAAAUGAGUCACAGAAUUUGGGAGAAACAUGUGCAGUGGCAAAGAGAGACAGCCCUAAGGAUACUGUUAUUAAUCCAACAAAAAUUUUGAAGCCCAGUGUUCCUAACAUAGAUUCCUGUUUUGUUGAAAAAUAUUCAAAUGAUGAAUUAAGUAGAACAAAGGAUAAUAAUGUUAUACAUGACAAAAAACAAGAACAGGUUGGUUUUUCAUCUGAAAGCAACUUUCCAGUAAGCUCCUCAAAUAUUGUGACUGGCUCAGAAUUUGAGGAGAAAGUAGUCUGUGAAAAGGAACUCACUCAAGGCAGCUGCAACAUGGGAAAUGAGAGUAGUAAUCCUGUAGAAAAAUCACCUGACACACACAUUAGAAGCCUACUUUCUUCCAGAAAGGGCCUAGACUCAAAGCUUGAUGUUGAAUCUUCUGUAAUGUUUGAUAAACAUGUGAAUGUAGAACAUAAUGCCUGCAAUGAAAAAGAUCUGAAAGUGGAUGCUGUAUUAUCUGAUAAACUAAUGAAGUCUGAGCUUUCUCUUUAUGCUCAAAAUGUUGAAGUGCAGUCCAGUAUAUCACUCCAACGAUCAGGUAAUGAUAAAACUGCAGUUGCUGAAACUGUUUCGACUGAUAUUUCCCAGAGGCAGUUGCCAGUUGUAGGAGAUGAGUCUGUUGACUACAGUUCACAAAAAUUAGAUAUGUCUGAAAAGAGUGAUACUGGUGCUGAAUUUUUUUCAAACCAGAGUAUUGUUGAAAGAGAGAAAAAACCUGUACAGCGAUUCUUUUUUGGUCCUGGAUGCUUGCAGUUUUCAGACAAGAAAAUUGAAUCAUCAGCAGAUAAGGCUGUAGUAUCCCUGAUGGCUGAUGAUAAAUCUUCCAUAAGGGUUGGAGAAAAUACUGUUAACAGAAUUACCGAGAAAGCUGUUAAUCUUGCAGAAUCUCUUGAAGUUAAUGUGGAGAGGAAAGUGGUUGAAGGCAGUAGCAACAUACCUGUUUUGAAAGAAAAGGAUAUAAGUACAAAGAAACUGGAUGGGAAACCAGUGGAUGCACCUUCUGAAAGGAACAUUGGAAAAGUUAUUGAUUUUUUAACUAAGAAAACUGUUGGAAAGACUAUGGACAAAUUGAGCGACAAAAUUUUAGAAAAAUCUGUGGAUAUUACCACAGACAAAUUUGUUAAAAAUCCAGUGGAUGUUACUACAGAAAAAAGUAUUAUCACAGUUACUGAUAUUCCAACAGAAAAGUCUGCCAGAAAAGCUGAAAUUUUACCUUUGGAAAAAAUUACUGGUAAACCUGUGGAUAACAUUAAUGCUAGUAAAGCAGUGGAUGAAACUGCUGACAGAACUUUUCAACAGACAAAGCAUAUUACAACUGAAAAAACUAUUGGAAAAGUUCUAAACACUACAGAUGAAACUAUUGACAAAUCUCAUGUUAUCUCAGCAGACAAAACUAAUGCAGAAAGUUCUGUUAAUGAAACUGUUGGAAAGGCAGGUAGUAUUAGCUUCGACAAAACUCGUGAAAAAUCUAUGGUUGUGUCAGCAGAUACAAGUGUUGGAAAAGGUAUUAUUGUGACUGAUAAAACUAUUGAUUUUCCUGUGAACAGAGCUGCAGGAAAUGUGGAUAUUUUAGUAAAUAAAAUGGUUACUACUUGUAAAGAAAAAGGUGCAGAUAAUGUUAUUGUGAGCAAAAGUGUUGGAGAGUUCACUGACAAAAUUGAUAGUGAACCAACAGCUAGUUCGAGUGACCAUAUGGUAGAUAAGACUGCAGGUAUUACCACAAACAAAAUCAGUGAACCCAUAGCCGACACCAAAAAACAUAAACCAGUUUUGCAGAAUUCUUCAGUAGAUCAGAAUUUUAAAAACGAUCUGGAUAUGGGAGUAUACAGAGAAUCUGUGGAUGUUGGUUCCGACAAAACUGGUGGAAGCUUGUGCAUUAAUGAAGAUAAACGUGUUAAGAAUAAUAUGGAUAUUAGUGCAGAGAGAGCUGUUGCUGAAGAUGCAGACAAAACUGUGAAGCAGUCUGUGGAGAUUGGUGCAAAUAAGGCUGUUGAGAAACUUGUGGUUGUUGGUGCAGACAAAGUUGUUGAAAAAGAUGAAGAUGUCUGUACAGACAAAAAUGUAGAAAAAGGUUUAAUUUCAGAUAAACUUUCUGAAAAAUCUUUUGAUAUUGAUGCAGUAAAAAAUGUUGAAAAAUCUUCAGGCGAAGCUGUAGAAAAACGUGUGGAUAUUGGUUCAGACAGAAUUGAUGCAAAACCUGUUAAUGUUAGUAGAGACAAAUCUGUUGGAAAAGCCAUUAUUGGCACUGUAGCCAAAACACAUGGUAAACCCAUGGACAUUACUGCAAAUAAAUCUUUGCAGCUUACGACUGACAAACCUAUUGCUCAUUCAGCCGAUUACACUACUCUCCACUCUGCAGAUAUUAGUAGAAAUAAAACUGUUGGGGAAACUAUCAAAGCAACUAAUAGUUCUACCGAAGAUGUUGAAAAAACUGUAGGUAAGGGUAUCAAAACAAGUAGCAAAAUUGGUAGUGCAAUUAUUGAAGCCACUAAUAAAACUGAUGGCAAAUCUGUUGAAAGCUCUGAGAAACCUGGGAACAAAGACAUUCAAGUAGCUGAUAAUUUGAUUGGUAAAAACACUGAAGAAAAUGGGAGACCUGUUGACAAAGCAGUUGAAACGUCAGUAAUAGCUCUGAGUAAAACAGUGGAAAUGGGUCAGAAAAGUAUUGACAGAGUAACAGAUAUGACUGAAAAGACUUCUGGGAAAGCUGCUGAUGAACAGGUUUAUAUAUCAAAUGACACCAUUGACACUUCCUUUCAUGUUGGUAUGGACGCAUUUUCAAAUAAGACUGAAGGUCCUUUGUCACUUAUGAAGGGUGAAAGCUCUGUCAAGAAAACUAUGGCUGUUUGUGCUGAUACAACUGCAAAGGAGUGUUUGGAUGUCACCAAGUGUGAUGUAAAAUGUGUGAAUGUUACUUCUGAAAAGAACGUUGGGAAAAAUAUGGAUGACUCUGACAAAGCAGUUUGGAGAGGUAACAGUGAAACUCAUAAUAAAAGUACCACAAAAUCUGUGGAUCUGACUGCAAACAAAUCCAUUGGAAAAGGUAUAAAUGUGGCCUCUGACAAGUCCUUAGAAAAAGCUUUGGAUGCUACUAAUGAUAAAUCUAAGGGGAAAGAUGAUGAUGUUUCUGAUAAAGCUGUUGUAAAAAUAACAGAUGUAACAAAUGAUAAAGUUGCUGGAAAAUCUCCAUUGACCAGUGAUGAAAAAAGUUCACAAGAUAUGGAUAUCAUCACUGCUGAGGCCUGUGGGAGAAACAGAGAUGAUACUACUGACAAACUAUGUAAGACUAAUGUGGGUGCAGUCUCAGACAAAUCCUUUGGAAAUGUAUCGGAUGCGGCUGACAGAAUUUGUGGAAAUACUGCCAUUGACAUUAGUAUCACAAAAACUGCAGAUGAAGCUGUUACUUUGGAUAAGACUGUUCGUAAAGCUUCAGACAUCACAAACGCAACAGGGAAGGUAACAGAUGUUGCUUCUGGUAAAGAUGCUGGAAAGUGUGCGGAUAUUGCCGUUGCCAAAGAAGGCAGCAAAUCUGAUACUGCUGAGAAAGUGGCAAAUGUUUGCGUUGAAAAGGUUAAUGCCAAAGGUUCAAGUGGUAGCGCUGAUGCACCACCACGCAAGAAAGCAUUUGAAGAGGUUCCAAUUGAGAAACAAAUCAUGAAGUCAGUAGAAGAAAAUUUAAAAAAUGAGGCGCCGGCUUCUCUUGGCCUGAAACCAUUAUUAAUGCAAGGUAGGGGAAGCUCAAGUAGUGUUUCUGGUAAGCUCCUUUCUCAAGGAUUGAUUGGAUCUGGGAGGGGUCGAAGGAAGUCUGUGGAGAAUAUCACAAUGGGUAUCAUGAUGAGCAAACUUGCUGGGAAAAGUGGACUGGAUUGCCAGACAAAGUUCCCAGGGCCACUGUCAUCUGAUAGUAAGGUACUUGAUAGAAUUACGUGUACUCCAACAGUAGACAUUCAGCAUUCUGAAAAGCAUACAGAGAAAGUAGAGGAGUCCACGGUUGUCCUAGAAAAGCCCAAGCCUGUAGCUGAACCACCAGCGAAGUCAGAAGCUGCUCCCAAAGUGCGAACUGGUUUUAUUACCUUAACACCAAUAGAAAAGUUACUGGAAAAACCACCUGCCAAAUUUCAGGAUACAGGAGUGAAAGGAUCACCACUGCCAUUGUCAGAUUCACCAGAAAGACCCUUUUUGUAUCCAAUUAGUGAGUCACCCACAGAAAAGUUGGUAGGUACAGCAGUGAAGAAAAAUGUACCAGGAUUCAGCAUGACACCAAUUCUGAAACAUUCAUUAGAACAUAAGCUGCCAUCUCAUUCUGGAGUUGUACAAACAAUAAAAAAAUCUGAUAGUUCAUAUGUUGUGUUUGUUCCGGACACACAAACAGUGAGAUCAAGUAUAGGGAAGGCUGAAGGGAAAAGAUUAACGAAUCAGAACGAAACUGUUAUUCAGGAAAGUAGACAGACAGGUAACAAACUAAGUGGGAUGGAGGACAAGUCUGAUAGCAAAGUCGAGUCACAGGAAGAAGGUCCUCAUCCUCUAAUCCAGUCCAGUGAAAAAUUACCACAAACUGUUUGUACGCCUGUAAGUGUAAUAGAAGUAUCAUCCUUACAAGUGAGCUCUUCAAAAGUUGAAAAAAAAGUGGAAGAUGUUACCCUGGGAACCAAAGAUUUGAACACAGUAUCUAGCAAAGUUUCUGAAGUUGAACAAUGUAAGCCAUUCCCAGACAAAGAAAAGGAAACAAACUCUGGAAGUACAGAUGUUCACAAAGCAGUUUCAGAAGAAAAGAAUAUUGAUGGCAGAGUGAUAACCUCUUCUACACACAAAUCUCCUGCAGGUAUUCGAGGUAAAGGUGACAAGGUAAAGGGCAGCAUUGUGUCAAAAGUUUUACCAAAGUCCAGUGACAGAACAAAAACGGAUGACUGUUUGCCAGAAGGAAGGUCAGGAGUUGCUGAAGUUACUCCUGUGCUCAAGGAUAUUGAAAGUGAAACAUUAGAAUUACCAAUUAAAAAAGCACCAGAAGACACUAAAGACACAAAGCCAGAGGUUAGUUUGAAGCGAGUUAUGAAGAAAGAUUCUUCCAAAACAGUUAGUGUAAGAUCACCUAUGUCUGGAAAGUUGAAGGGAGAAAAUAGGAAGGAAGGUAAAACCAUAUCUCCCAAAUCAGAGGAUAUAAGUAUAGUAAAAGAAGUUAUGCCAAAGAAGGAAAUAGAAAUUAAUUCUAGACUUAGAAUACAGGAUCUCACGUUUGAUUAUGCACCACCAAAGAGUGAAGAGAAAGAAAUUCUUUGUGUGAAAACCAGAAUACAAACUCGGCAGCAUGGAAAAUUACCUGCAAAAUUACCUUCUUCAGAAAAACCUAAGAAAGGAAACAAGACUUCAAAAUCAGCUUCCAUGGCUUCAUUGAAAGUGGAUUCCUCAAAACAAGAGGAGGAUGUAAUAUAUAUUGCAGAAAAAGAUCCCUUGGCAGGAGCAGAUGAUGGUUUUCCUGUCACAAGAUCCAGGAGGACGAGGUCAAGCACGGCUUUGUUGACUCCAGUUGACAUUAAGAAAUCACAGCCACCAUCCAAGAAAGGGAGUAAAGCUGAAGUACCCAUUGAGAAAUCAGUCCAAAAAGGAAAACUGAUUGGUCAGAAACGUAGGAAUAGCCGCAGACUAGAUUCCCAAUCUGACGAGGGAGAGGUUGUUACCGAUGGACGAAGAAAGCGAAGUUUGGCAAUGGUAGAAACAGAUGAAGAUGCUGGUGGCAAAAGGCGAAAGCUCAGAAGCAGGCGCACUCCUGAUGUGCAGUUGCGACGCAGUAUUGAGGAACAGAAACGUCUGGAAGGCGGAUACAGUAGUAGUGAUGAUGAUCAUGGUGAUGAUAUGACGGUAGAUUUGGAAGGAGAAUCUACAGAUGAAUCACAGCCAACAUCAGCAGCCGAAGAGGUUAUACCUCGUGGUAGGGGAAGACCCCAGGGCCGUGCAUGUGGAAGAGGCAGGGGGCGUGGUAGAGGCAGAGGAGGUGUUGUCUCAUUGACUGCUACUGACAGCCCUGCUGUUAGCAGUGAUGCCCCUUCUGACACGAGUCGCACAGAGCCAGCUGUCAUUUCUGAAGUAUCUGCCACGCCAAAAUCUUCUCCAAGGAAAACCCGCCGAUUGCUUGGAUUGGACGUGGGAGUUGACAUCAUCUUGGAAGAGACAAGCAAGGAAGGUGGUGCUGGUCCUAGUUCUGGGAUGCCUGUACGUCAGUCCCGUCGUAUUGCACAAAUCAAAAUAAAGGAAGAGGCAGAAAGGAGAAAAUUAGAGGAAUUGACUCUUCUUGAAUUGAAGGAACAGCAACGCAGGCGUAAACGCGAUGAGAAACACGAGACCAAGGAAUCUAAGUCAGAUAAACGGAAGAGGAAGAAGAAAACUGUUGAAAGUGAUGAAGACUACACUGCAGAAGAUGAAGUGGAAGAGCCAGCCACUUCAAAGAAAAAGAAAAAGAAGAAGAAGAAGCGGAAGAAGAAGUCUGGAAAAGGUUUUAGUGAUAAUCCCUGGCAGUCAACAUCUGGCUCUUCAAGUUCAUCGUUGGAAGAAGAGGAUGAACAGGAGCAGACGGAGGAGGAAGACGAGAGUAACAUAGUGUUCAAAUCAGACCACGAAUUCUCUCCGGAAUCUGAUUUAGAAAAUGAAGAUGUUGAAGUACAGCCCACACGCAGGGCUAGAACUGCACAGAAAGAGUCUGAUGGAGAGGAGCCAGCAGAUGAUCAUGCCUGCCAGAAGUGUGGUAAGAGCGACCAUCCUGAGUGGAUUCUGCUUUGUGACAAAUGUGAUUCAGGUUGGCAUGGAUCAUGUCUGCGCCCAGCAUUACUUGUCAUUCCAGAGGGGGACUGGUUCUGUCCACCCUGUGAACAUACGUUCCUGUUAACAAAUCUGCAGAAUAACUUGAAAGAAUUUGAUCGAGCUUUGAAGCGUCGUGAGAAUGAAGAGUUACGACGCAAAAGGCUUGCAUAUGUGGGCAUAAGCUUGGAUAAUGUACUUCCAAAUAAGGAAAAGGAUGCUGGAGCAAGUGGUGGUGAAUCAGAUCAUGCCUCAAAAGCUGGGAAAUUAUCAUCGUCAUCAUCAUCAUCUAGUUCGGAUUCAGGAUCCUCUUCAGGUGAUGAAUCUGAACCAUUAUAUCACUUGAGGGAAAGACGUCAGACCCUAUUCAGUUAUCGCUUCAAUGAAUAUGAUGAUCUUAUCAAUUCAGCCAUUCAGGAUGAGCUUGAAGCUGUAAAAGGAGCUGGAAAUCAAGGCAGAGGCAAAGAUAUUGCUACUAUUGUGAAUGCAGAGAAGGAAGAGUUGGCAGCUGCUGGUGUGGGAUUGGAGGAAGUGGAAAAGGAUAGUCAGAAUGCCAAACAAGAUGGAAAAUUGACAGAGCUAGAGGAUGAACAGGAAGAAGCAGUGGAAGCUGAGGAAGAGGAGGAAGAUGGCUAUAUUCCACCAGUGAGGAAGUUUCUGGGUAGGAAGAAACAUAGACGUCUUAACAGUCUCGAUAUUAGCAGUGAGGAUGACGCUGACUCUGAUGAAGACUUCAAGGGAACCAGCUCAGAGGAUGAAGAUGAAGAGGAAGAGGAAGAAGAACUGGAAUUAGAUGAGAGUGAAGAUUCCGAUGUGGUAGGCAGAAAUCGUAGGGGAGGCUCAGGUCGGCGCCGGAGGAAUGCAGAACCAGUUCGCCGUUCAACACGAGCUCGUAUUACUCGCUUUGAUAAAGAAUUUAUUAAUGAUGACAGUGAUGAAAGUAUAGAGCCACGCCGCAAAAAGACUCGCCGAUUGUGGCAGGACUCGGAUAGUGAAGAAAGUGAUUCAACAUGGGGACAGAAGAAAAGGCGAAAACAUCACUUGGACAGUCACAAACCUAAGUCAAAGAAGAAGAAGAGAAAGAAGCAUAUGAAAGAUUUGGACGAUGAAUACAAUAAGAAUAAACCUAAGACUCCAAGGAUAAAAUAUGGAGGCUUGGAUGAUGAUGAAACCUCUCCUUUGCCUCGAACACGUGGUAGAAAGAUCAACUAUCAGGAGGUAGCUGGAUCAGAGAGUGAAGAGGAAUUGAUGAAGGCUGUGACUAAGCAGCUAGAAAGUGAGGAAGAGUAUGUGGCAAGUGAAGAAGAACAGAUGAUGUUGGAAGAGGAAGAGGAUGAACCAGAAGGUGAAGAAGAAGUGGAGGGAGAUGCAGAAGCAGAAGUCAAAUCUGAACAUAAGCCUGAACCUGAACCUGAGGAGAAAGCAGAAGCUAAAGUUGAGGCUGAAAAUCGAGAAGAAGGAUCACAGGUAGAAGAAGAGCCAAGGAGAAAGGAACCAGCUAUUCAGUCAGUUGAGGAAGAGCCUCCAUUGAAAGUGGGAAGGAAGAAGAAAGAAAAAUCUGAAAAGAAGCCGCGAGCUGUGAAGAAGAGGAGAUCUCCAAACAAACCUAAAACUGAGAAGAAAAACAAAACUGAAAGGAAACCAAGGAAGGCCAAGCCAACACGAAUGAAGAAGCAGAUCAUCCGGGAUGAUACUGAGGAUGAGCUGGAGGAGUUUGGUGAAGAGUUCGAAAAUUUGGAAGAAGGUGAAGUAAGGCUCGGAACUGUGUUGGCUGAAAGGGAAGAGCUAAUGGAUGAAGAGCUUUUGGAAGAGGAGUUGGUAGAUGAAGAAAAAGAAAUGGAUGAAAUGCUGGAAGAAGAAUUACUUGAGAAAGAGAUGUUAGAAGAGGAAGAUGAUGAUGAAUUCCUUGCUGUGAAAGAAGCUGAAUUGGCCCUUCAGCAGGCAGAAUUAACCAAGGCUAAAGAGAAACGGAGACAGAAAAGAGAAGCUAAGAAGCUUGAGAAGAAGGAACAAAAGAAGCGGGGUAGGAAGGCCAAGAAAUUGGAUGAAGUUGAAUCUGUACAGCCUAUUUUGAUAAGUACACUUGCAGACAAAAAACACCCUGUUCAGAAGAGUGCAGAAAUUGAGUCAGAACUUUCAAAGAAUGUAGAGCCACUGCCAGUAGUUCCACCUAUCAUUUUGCCGGUGGUCUGUACAUCAUCACCUGCCCCAGUAGUGUCAACACCAACACCAGCAAAAAGGAGGGGGAGAGGUCGUGGGAAAGCAACACUUGCUGCAGCAGCUGCUGCUGCUGCUGCUGCAAGUGCUGACACCACAACCACAGGUGUUGCUUUAGCAGGAAAACUCCCUGCUAAUGGUCAGAUGGGGUCAACACCUCUGAGUGGUAUGGCAUCAUCUUGUUUCCCAGGUCCAAACCAACAGCCACAGCAACUGCCCUUCUGUACACAGCCCCCACAUUCAAGCAGUAGUGUCAUAACACGAAUGUUGCAGUCACAACCUGUUUCAGGUGGACCACAGAGUUUCACAGCUGCAGCCACAGCCAUGGGACACAAGUACUUUGGUGGUCCAGGUAAUGAUCAGUUACCAUUGGUAGGCCCAGGUUCGGGUAAUUCAGGAUCUGGACUAGGUGUGGGAACUGGUCCUUCAGGUCGGGGCGCUGUAAGUACAGCACAAUCAUACUCAAUUCCAGCUCGUGGCCGUAUUCCAUCGCCCUACCGACAACCUCCUCCUCUCACUAGCUCUCCCUCUGGCAGUCCAGGAAUAUGUUUACCACAUUAUGCCAGCCCAAGAGGGUCUCCCAUCCGCCCACCACCAGGUUCUAUUCAGCAGACAGCCAUGUCACCAUUACGGAUGAGAACUUCAGGCCCUGGAUCUCAAGGACCACAAUUGUACCAUACAUCACACCAUCCUUUAGACCCAUCACCUUCCGGUGGAGGUCCAAUUGCAAUUGCACCUAACAAUGGUGUUCGGCCUGGGGGAGAAGGUUCUCCUCUACACCAACCACCAACUCAGAUUCCUCCAUCAGCUGGAAGCCCACUGGCUGGAAAGCCUGGACCAUCGCCAACUUCCCACAGCACCCCACCACCCCCACCUUAUACACGAGUAGUUCCUCCUCCUAUGCAUCAACAAGUACCUCCACCUCUUAUUAGAUUUCCUCUUCAAUCUGCCGAUGGAAAUCCCCAGGGCCGACACCCUCAGUCACAGUUCCCACCCUCGACAACAGCAGGAAAUCAUCUGCAGCAAGCUCAACAUUCCCCCCCUCCACAUCAGGGCAGGAGUCCUGCUCCUGGUAAUUUCUCUCCAUACCACCCGCCUCCACCACCCAAUUACCAUUAUGGUGCAUAUCCACCUCCUCCACCUCUAGCUGCCGCAGAUGAUGCCCUCCCUCCCUCAGCAUACCAGGGUUCGCCUUACCCAGACCACUAUGCUUCUCCAGAUGCCUCUCACAGUUUGCAAGCAUCAGAUGGCAGCAACAGUAAAUCUUACGAUGAGGAAGGUGGUGGUGAAUUUGGUGGCCUCGUGUCAUACUUCUCCAGCCAACGAGAGGAUGACCUUGACACGUAGCAAGGUGAGGCAGUGUGAUUGCUUUCAGUGAUGAAUUUGCUGGGACAGAUGAUUGUGACAUUGAACAGGUUGUUCAUAUGUUCUUUAAUUCCUUGAAACUUUUCCUUCUUAGUGAGUGUGUCAUGAAUAUUUUGAAAGUGCAACUAAACAUCACAUGUUUAUUCAAACAAUAUAAACUUUAUCAGAGAUGUAGGAAGUGCGAAAGAAGGUAGUUUAAUGACUUCAACUGAACUGUGUUUUAUACGGAUGAACUAUUUGUCAGUUUGUGAAAAGUUUUAGUUGUGUGAAAUGUAAAUAGGUGUAAAUAACAGUGGAUUAAAUGUACUAUAUGAUGUUAUACAGUAACAUAUAUUUAAAAGAGUUUCAGCACGAAACGUUUAUACUGGAAAAGUGAUAGAUGUUUUAAAUGACAGACAUGGAAUGUUGUGAAGAUGGGAAAGUAAUUUUUAUAGCAGUGGUAUGGAAACAUAAAUAUCUACAUAUUCUGUGUUAUUAACGUUAAUUAUUAUUUUUUCUCAAGAGGCAUUUUAAAGGCUGCAUUUUACCUUGUGUGGCACACAAGCACCCAAAGAUAUUAAUUUAACCUCUAAGGUAACUAACAGUUCUCUGUCAUUUCUCAAAAAAAUGCCAUAGGUGAAGCUCACAGUUAAUAGGGAAGUCAGAGGGUUUACCCUUGGCUCUUGGGUAUAUCAGGUACAGUGCAGUCGCACUUUAUGUGAACUUGAAAUAUUGCAAUAUAAAAAUAUUUAAAAAAUCUCACUUUUUGUGUAAAGUUUGAAGUAAUGCAAAUCCUUAAAAAUUACAUCUAUUCAUAUGAAAAAAUUUGUGUUGAAUUACAGGUUUCUUCAGGAGAGCAUC